GUGCCAUCCACCAAAACGGUCCCCUGUUCUACCUGGAACGGCCAUGCUGCGUUAGCUCGGCACUACUCCUCGCUCCAAGCUCAAUUUGUCCCUGUACUAUGCGUAAGACCUUUUAAACAUUUUUCUCCCCCACCUUUUUCUCCCUCCUCGAGUCCUCGUGAGCAUCACGGACAAAACGCAUCAAACCCGAUAAUUCUCUUAUUGGAUGUGAAUGAUGAUUUGGGCGGGAAGGUUGAAAAUGCUGCACUGAUCAUAAACUUACUCUUGAUUUUGCUACAAAACCCCCCUUUUACCUUCUCGUUGCAGCUUACUACGUAUAGAGUAUCAUCAUUGCUUCGUAUAUCUCAUAGAAACUUGUGA